GCACCGAACUUGCCGAACUUGCUGAUUGUGCCUGAGUCUGCUGCUGCGCUAUAAUCUUUUACAGGAUUCUGCCCCUGGAUCUUUUCCCUUCUAGGGAUGCCUAGGAUAGGUCUCACCACGUGCCUCUCCCGGAGUCAAAAUUCACUCCACGGGUUCCCGAGCUCCUACGGAGCGGAACUGCGGUCUCAGCUGCCCCUCCACCCCUGCUGGGUUCGGCAGCCCGAGCGCCAGCACCCGAAGAAACGGGUGGUAUUCGCUGACGUGAAGGGGCUGCCUCUGAUCACCGUGCACAAUUUUUCUAGUGAUGUUAUAAAUCCUAAAGAAGAGCUGCCGCCCCUGAGCAGGAUGUUGCAGCUGAUGCCAGCCCGACCCACGGAGGCGCCCAGCUAUGCCCUUGGUUUUUCUCAGCCCUUGGAUGACUACAGUCGCUUCUGUUGGUGCCUGGAGGCCCAGAAGGUGUGCCUGGAACAGUGUGCCAUCCAGGGACGCUUCUUGCAAGGUACAGUUCAGGUGCACAAUCUGGGAUAUGAGAAGAUUGUGCAAAUGCGCAUCACUUUCGAUGCCUGGACUUCUUACCUUGAUGUGCCCUGUGUUUAUGUGACUCCUCUUUUCAGAGGUGAAAUAGACAUCUUCACUUUCCAGGUGGCAUUGCCGAGUGGUCCCCCUGGCCCAGCUGGCACCAUCCAGUUCUGCUUCUCUUUUCAGUGUGCUCAGCGGCUUUACUGGGACAAUAAUCAGGGUUGUAACUACCACCUGAAGCCCUCAGAUGGACUUCUGCGCCCUGUUAGUGAUCAUAGUUCUGAAUCUCCCCUUUAAGCCUCCACAGAUGGGCUGCCUAUUUUCUUUGCCGACAUCUAGAGGUUCUUCCUCUGACUAGCAGAGCUUGUACUUGGUCUGGGGUAUGAAGCAUGUUUUCUUUCCAGUGGUUUCAACUUUUUCUGCUACUAGUUACAGUAAGACCAAUAAAUAGCUGAACUAAGUUACUAACUGGCCAUAGAAUUCAAGUGCUGUUCGUUCUGCUCCCACAAAACUGGAACCACCUUCCUGGCUUUUGUGUGAGGUUAUGAGUGUUGUUUUAAAAUGUGAAGCUUCCUUUAGAAAGACACUGGCAGUACUGUUCUUUUGCAGAAUUUUAGUGUUGAUCUUAAACUGGAGGAGGGGGGAAUUUUCAGUUAAUGUUUUAAUUACCUGUAUACUCUUAAUAGAGGCAGCUGUGUGGCUUAGUGUAUAGAGCAUUGGGCCUGGAGUCAG